UCGCGUUAGUUUGCCCAUAAUGCUGUGCUAUGUGAUCGCGCUGUGUCUGAUCGGCGCGUGCGCAGCCGCCAGGGUCCUGGUGGUGUUCCCGGUGCCGGACCGGGAACACAGCGACCUGGGGGACGCGGUGGUCCGGACGCUGCUGGCUGGUGACCAUGAGGUUACCUACGUGUCCGUGUUCCCCAAAAAAACAUCGAACAGCAACCUCACGUACGUCGACAUCAGUUCCAUUCUCACUCAGCAAUCCGCCAAGGAAUUACCAAAUGAUAAGCAAGUAUUGAGCAACGGACAGCCAGCGCACUUCGUCUUGAAGAGCGGCCCACGAUAUGCCAAAAAUGCCUUGCAGCAUGAAGCUAUAAGGCAGCUGAUCCACGACCCUUCUACAGCCUUCGACGCUGUCGUCCUAGAUUGGUUCUACAGCGGACUUUUAGCUCCUCUUGCGUCUUUAUUCGAUUGCCCGCUGAUCUGGUACGUCCACGGCGACGCGUCGGGGCGCAGCCUGGCGCUGCUGCACGAGCAGCCGAGCGCGGCCUACAGCGUGGACUUGCUAUCAGGGCACGUGCCUGCUGUGCCCUUCACCGCUAAGGACCGGGCGUAUGGGCUGGGGCUGCAGGCUUACUACAACCUGUGGGCAUAUUACAUCGAGCACUUUAUCGAGAUACCAGCAUACGACGCCAUCUUCCGAACCCCGAUGCAACUGCGCAAGCGUCUCUUACCGAACUACGAGGACGUGGUCUACAACGGCUCCCUUUUGCUGGUGAACUCACAUCCACCGCUGGGGCAGACCCUGCCACUGCCACAAAACGUCAAACUGAUUGGGGGCCAUCACAUUCGGGAACCAAUACCACCUUUGGCUAAGAGUCUGCAAGCGUUUAUGGAUAACACCAAAAAGGGAGUGAUCUUCAUCAAUCUCGGAAACUUACAAAGAAACCUGCCUCACCAACUGAAGACACAAAUGCUGGAUGCCUUGAGUCAGUUGGAAUAUUUAGUGCUCUGGCAAUUGGAAGACCCCGUGGAAUAUGUUCCUAAGAAUAUCCGUUUGCUGGACCGGGCGCCACAAUUGGGCAUAUUGUGUCAUCCUAGCACCGUGUUAUUUGUCACUGACGGAAGCCUCUCUUCGUUGAUGGAAACCACUCACUGCGGAGUCCCUUUUGUAGCAGUUCCAAGUUCUGGCGAGCAGAAUGUGAACGUUGACCUUUUGGUGGGUCGAUUAUUGGGUCGGAAGGUUCAAAUAAACAAAUACCUGCCCUGGACACUUCAAGGGACGAUUGAAGAAGUUCUGAGGGACCCUAACUAUAGUAAAAAUAUGAAAGAAGCAUCAGCGGUGUUCAAGAGUCGCAUCCAACCCCCAACCUCUGAGCUUCUGUAUUGGGUGAACCUGGUCAUUGAAACCAGGGGGGCGACCCAUCUGCGAUCCCCUGCGGUGACCGUGCCUGCCCUUGAGAGGUACCACGCAGAUCUGUGGGUGCUAUUUUUCCUGUUCCUCUGGUUCUUGUCAAAAGCUGUGAAGGUAGCUCAGGUCCAUCUGAAAGAUUUGGAAAAGAAGAAUAAAUAA